AUGAUGAUGCCGAAGCCGAGAUUAAGGGAAAGUCGAGAACCAAAAGCCGAGAACCCAGCAAGGGGUGAGUAAAUGAGUGCUUUUGCUGAUGCACUGAGAAGGGAUCAAGACCUAAUGCGAAAUAAGCCAGCCUUCGAUGCCCAAAGGAAUGCUUGGUGGCUUGGUUAAAUGGUGAAGGGGGCCUUGGGAUCCAAAUGCUGAGAAUGUGUGUUAAUUAUAUCAUGAUUGAAGAGAUGGUUUUGGGAUAUUGCUGAAGGAAGCUGAGACCAGAAUGCCAAGAACGUCAGUUAACAAUCGAACAUGUCACAUGUGUGUUGUGGAGGUGCUGAGUGUGGUAGCCAAGAGUGAUAGUGAGUCUAAAGGCGGUGAAAAUAAGUAUUAAGCGAUUACGUGGAAGAGUUCUCAAGGUCGAGUCGACAUUGAAGCCAAAAAGGAGUGAAGCUGAGACGGAAACUGAGAAUGUGGUCGGCAACAAAAGUCAGACUGUACCUAGGGUUAUUGCACGUCUCAAAAGGUUCGUAUAAGCAAUUGUGGAUGAUAACAGUAUGUGCUUUGAAACGUAGUUGGAUAUAUCUCGACAACUGUCGUAUUAUCCCCGGCGGUGCACAUUGUGUUUUUAUCAUCUUCCAAAUAUCUGCAGGCUUCAUCACAAGGGAACGUCUCGCAGCCAGCCUUCCUACCCCUUCCUCAAGUAAGGAUACACAACCUGUAAACCACUGUUAA